AUGAAGAGCGUCCGGAGCCCGAGCAGGCAGCCAGCGCGGCAUGAAGCCCUGAGCAGCAGCACCAUGAGCAGCAGCACCAUGAGCAGCAGCACCAUGAGUCCACUCUGCCUCACGCUGCUCCUCAUCCUCACCAUCCCAGGCUCCACUUGUGCUCCAGCAGAUCUCCAACAGGUCACACCCAAUCAGAGGCAGUUACUCCACCAGAUAGAAACUACGUGCUCAUCCUACCUCUCUGCAGACCUGCAGUUCUGGGCGUCUGAUAUUUUAGGAGAACUCUGUGUCUUGAUGCUGGUUCACAAAUCAAAGGAACAGAGUUUUCCAGAAAAUAAUAAAAGAUUUUUAUUCCAUUACUCUAGACCCCACGGUUCAGACUUGUCACAAGGGAGCUCUCAGCUGCACCCUCUUCUGCAUCUAGUUUCUCAGCUCCAUACCAGAAAAGACAGAGGACUCUUGAUGCGCGCCGAACUUCAGGGACCUGGAGGGAUCGAGAGCAGAGGCUACUUCCUCUACCGACCACGAAAUGGAAGAAGGUCUUUAGACUACGAAUGAAGAACCUCCACCUAUGAGUGUACAGAGACACGGACCCCUAGACCCGAGCCACUGCACAA